AUGGAUUUCCAUAACGAUUCCAAUUUUUCGGUCGCACACACUAACUCAACAACACCAGCUGUAGAUGGGGCCCGUCAUUGCAGUGCCAUCCUACCCGUCAUCUUCGGCAUCAUCUGUUUUCUUGGUAUCUUUGGGAACUGCAUCGUUAUGUACACCAUCAUAAAGAAGACCAAGUGCCGCGCCAAGCAGUCUGUUCCGGACAUCUUUAUCUUAAACGUGUCAAUUGUUGAUCUCCUCUUUCUCCUUGGGAUGCCAUUCCUCAUCCACCAGUUGCUGGGCAAUGGCAGCUGGCACUUCGGAGCCACAAUGUGUACAGUCAUCACUGCGGUCGACUCCAACAGCCAGAUUGUCAGCACUUACAUCCUCACUGCUAUGACCCUCGACCGUUACUUGGCUACGGUCCAUCCCAUCCGCUUCAACUAUAUCCGCACACCCUGUGUGGCGGCGCUGGUCAUCGUCAUCGUGUGGGGUCUGUCCUUCAUCACCAUCAUCCCUGUGUGGAUGUACGCGGGCCUGAUGCGUCUACCAGAUGGACUGGUGGCCUGUGCGCUCCUCCUGCCUAACCCAAUCACCGACACAUACUGGUUUACACUUUACCAGUUCUUUUUGGCCUUCGCCAUGCCCCUGUUUAUAAUCUGCCUGGUGUUUUUCAAGAUGCUCCAACACAUGUCCAGCAGUGUGGCACCGCUGCCUCCACGGAGUCUGAGGAUGCGCACCAGGAAGGUGACCCGGAUGGCAGUGGCCAUCUGCCUUGCGUUCUUCAUCUGCUGGGCUCCUUACUACAUCCUCCAGCUGGUCCACCUCGGGGUGCAGAAGCCAACCCUGGCGUUCUCCUAUGCGUACAACAUAGCCAUUAGCAUGGGAUACGCUAACAGUUGCAUCAACCCAUUUCUCUACAUCAUCCUUAGUGAGACCUUCAAGAGGCAGUUCAUCAGAGCCGUACGUCCGGUCAACAGGAAGUUCCGUGUGAACCCGAGCACCACGGAUGGAGGCAGCGUGAGCGUGCGAAUGGUCCCAGAGGGGGAUCAGCAGAAGCCCGCCCCUCAGGAGAUGAUGCCAUCUAAUGUGGCGCCACAAUGA